AUGGGGCACUAUUGGGUUACAUGGAAUGUCCGCGGAAUGAACAGGGCGUCGAAAAGAAGGGUUAUUAAAAAACAACUGUCAGUGGCUAAACCAGGGUUAGUUCUGAUUCAAGAGUCUAAACUGGGAGCAGGGACAGAAAAAUUAAUUGACUCAUGGGCACAAUCUCUGGGCAUGAAACAUUCUAUGGUAUUAGCAAGUGGUACGGCAGGAGGAUUAAUUUCUUUAUGGCGAGAUGGGGAAGUGGAGGUGAUUCAGGAGAUAUCGGAUCAGAGGUUCAUUACUCUUUUGGUCAAGCUGCAGAAUACUGAAGGGUUGACAUUAGUUGUGAACGUCUAUGGCCCCCAUUCCGACGCAGAGAGAUAUGCUUUUUUCGUGCAAUUGUCAGUUAUGGUGGCGGAGCAUCGUGGUGGGGUGAUCAUGGGAGGCGAUUUCAAUGCAGUCAUCCAAGAAAAUGAAAGAAAAGGGGGUGGUGCGCUGCACUUGGGAGACAUUGCAUUCCAUCAGUUUGUGGCUGAUUCGUGUUUGAUGGACCUACCGCUGCAGAGAGGCUUAUUUACUUGGUUUUCAUCAAGAAAUGACGGCUUAGGGAGCCGGCUUGAUCGCUGGUUAUUAUCUGAGGACAUGUUUCUGUGCUUUAAUAAUUUUAAUCAGGUUGCAUUGGAGUGGGGCAUAUCAGACCACAGGCCAGUCGCAAUUGAUUUUGGAUUGGAUGACUUUGGUCCAAAGCCCUUCACUUUUUUCAAUCACUGGAUCCAGGAAGUUGGUUUUAAUGAACUGGUGGAACUCGAUUGUGGUGGAAGGGUGGGGAGGAUUUGUGUUAAUGAAAAAGUUACAGCAGCUGAAGGGGAAAAUAAGAGGGUGGAAAAAGGAAAGGGGUGUAUGGGGUGUAAAACGGAUCCGAGAGCUGUAAGAGAAGGUGCAUGUUUUGAUGUCUCGGAUGGAAAUGGAAGGUGUAAAUGA